GCGCAGUGACAACACGGCACAAGCACUUUGGUCUGAGCUGCUAGCUUGGCUGAUAAGUAGAUCUGGAUUCAGUAAAUGCGUACGGUCAAGUUGAGACAAAAUUUACGAUUUGAGAAACCUGAACACUUGUAGAAGAAGAUGAGGCUGAAGGAAAUUCAGAGGACUGCCCACCAGGCAUGGAGUCCUGCUGGACACCAUCCGAUCUACUUGGCCCUGGGAACUUCAGCACAACAGCUUGAUGCUUCGUUCAACACAACAGCAGCCUUAGAGAUAUUUGAGUUGGAUUUUGCUGACCCCUCUCUGGAGAUGCAGCUCAAAGGAUCUUUACCAACAACAAAUAGGUUGCACAGUAUUGUUUGGGUAAAUUUUGGAAUGGGAGAAGAUUGUACCGGAGGGAGACUUGUUGGUGGAAGUGAAAAUGGCACACUGACUGUUUAUAACCCCGAGGCCAUAAUAAGUUCUGCAGCAGACGCUGUUGUUGGACAGUCUGAUAAACAUACCGGACCUGUCUGUGCUCUUGAUUUCAAUCCAUUUCAGAGUAAUCUUCUUGCAUCGGGAGCAAAUGAUUCAGAGAUAUAUAUCUGGGAUCUAAACAACUUCAGCAGUCCAAUGACACCUGGAACAAAAACGCAGCCCGCUGAAGACAUCAGYGUUGUGUCCUGGAACAGGCAGGUUCAGCACAUCCUGGCCUCUGCCAACCCCAGUGGGAAAGCAGUUGUGUGGGACCUGAGAAAGAAUGAACCCAUUAUAAAGAUCAGUGAUCACAGCAACAGGAUGCACUGCUCAGGAAUGCUCUGGCACCCUGACGUUGCCACUCAGCUGGUUUUGGCCUCWGAAGAUGACAGACUGCCCGUCAUCCAGAUGUGGGACCUCCGUUUUGCCACAUCCCCUCUUAAAGUCCUCGAGAACCACACAAGGGGGAUUCUGUCUAUAUCUUGGAACCAGGCUGACGCUGAGCUCCUGCUGAGUAGUGCUAAAGACAACAGGAUCCUCUGCUGGAAUCCAAACACUGGAGAUGUGAUUUAUGAGCUUCCAACAACAAACCAGUGGUGUUUUGAUGUCCAGUGGUGUCCCAGGAAUCUAGCUCUUUUUUCUACAGCCUCAUUUGAUGGGAGAAUCACAGUUUACUCUGUGAUGGGAGGAAGCUUGAAGGCUCAGCAGCAAAGCACAGUUGACAAGAUAUCCUCCUCAUUUGAUACCAUGGAUCCUUUUGGUACUGGACAGGUGCUGCCUCCACUGCAGGUUCCUCAGCCUAGCAUGGAGGACACCAUCGUUCCUCCUCUGAAGAAGCCACCGAAAUGGGUGCGCAGGCCAGUCGGAGCUUCCUUUGGUUUCGGUGGAAAGCUGAUAACCUUCGAGAAUCCAAAGCAGCCUCCGAUGCAGAGCCCCCAUCCUGUCCCCAGGCAAGUGUUUGUGAGUCAGGUUACCACAGAGACGGAGUUCCUCCAGCGCUCCAGGGAGCUCCAGGCGGCGCUGCAGUCGGGUUCUUUCAACAACUACUGCCAGGCCAAGAUUCAGAACGCCAAAUCAGACGCAGAACAGGAUAUAUGGAAGUUCCUUUUGGUGAACUUUGAGGAUGAAGCACGCAUUAAAUUCCUUAAACUUCUGGGUUUCAGCAAGGAUGAGUUGGAGAGAAAGAUUUCAAAAUGCCUGGGACAGAACUUUCAAUCCAACGGAUUCGGAGUGGAUGCCAAUGAUCUUGCUGAGAAGAUGCAGCGGCUCACCGCCGAGAGAUCGGAUGAAGCAGCAGCUGAUGGCCGAACCUCAGGCUCUGUUUCACCAGCAGACUUUUUUAGUCACACCCCAAAGGAGACCUCCAACUUCAAGAUCCCUGUAUCAUGUGACACAGAUGGUUUAAUAAGCCAAGCGCUGCUGGUUGGUAACUUCGAGGGAGCGGUGGAUCUGUGUCUGAACGAUGGUCGCUACGCUGAAGCCAUUCUGCUGUCCAUCAGCGGAGGAGAGGAACUUCUUAAGAAGACGCAGCAGAAAUAUCUCAGCAAGCAAAAGAACAGCAUUUCAAUGCUUAUAUCCUCAGUGGUGACCCAGAACUGGAGGGACAUAGUUGAAAGCUGUGAGCUUGAUAACUGGAAGGAAGCUCUCGCUGCUCUGCUGACUUACGCUCAUCCUGAAGACUUUGCUGGUUUCUGUGAUACCCUGGGAAGUCGUUUGGAGCACGAGGGCACAGAGAAGCGCUGCCUGCAGGCCUGCUUGUGCUACAUCUGCUCUGGAAACAUCGAACAGUUAGUGGAGUGUUGGGCUUUGCAUAGAGACUGCUCUUCUCCUCUUGGAUUGGAGGAUUUGGUUGAGAAAGUAAUGAUGCUGCGAAAGUCCAUUGAACGCCUCCGCAACAGCGAGGUAGCAGUCCAGAGCCACGUCCUGGCCGAGAAGCUCACCUGCUACGCCGGCAUCCUGGCCGCAGAGGGCAGCCUAGCCACCGCCAUGGCCUAUCUGCCUGAGAACUCGGACCAACCUGGGAUUAUGAUGUUGAGAGACAGGCUGUUCCACGCUCAGGGAGAGGCCGCUGUCCACCAGCAGCCUCCAAACUCCUUCAACAAAGCCGGCGUGCCAACAGCUAAACCCACUCCUGCUGCUCAGACUCCUCAACCCAGUGUACAAAAUAGGAGUCAGUUCCAGCCUUCCGCUCCCACUCCGAUGGCUCCACAGCAGCAGCCUCGUAUGCCAUCAGUUUUUACUCCUCAAGCCCCUCCAUCCAACCAAGGGCCUGGUUUGCCCCCCUCCUCCCAAGUAAUGCCGCCCACUUCGACCCGUCCUGCCGUAAGACCCUCUUAUCCACAACAUCCCGCCGUGGCUCCAGGUUUUUCUCCUCAUCAGCCAUUCCAGCCUCAGCCUGCAUCCACUGCUGGGAUCUUCCCACCUCCAGGCCAUUCGGUGCCAGCUGCUAAUUUAUCCGGACCUCAACUGCCACCUUCGUCGUCGACCCACGGCGGCCCGCCCCCCAUGCCCAGUCCUGGGUUGCCGCCAACGAGCUUCGUCCCAUCUACCUCUUUACCUUCAGGCAUCAUGUCGCCCACCUCCCAACCGGGAGCGCCGCUUUCAAUGUAUCCGGGGGGCUUUCCGAACCAGGGACCUGGACCCUCGAUGGCAUCUGGCCCAUAUGUUCCUGUUGGACCUGGGUAUCCCCCAGGAGGUCCUGGAGCUCCUGCAAUAAAUCCCUACCCAGCACCUGUUGCUCCUCCUCCUGCAGGACCUCAAGAGGGCUGGAAUGACCCACCAACAGUACGAGGUGGACCCAGGAAGAAGAAGCAGGUCCCUGAUAACUACACUCCACCAGCCCCCAUCACAGCUCCUGUCAUGGGUUUCCCAGUAGAGGCCCCACAGGCCCACAACCACACCCAAGUGCCCCCCGGAGCCCCUCAGGAGCCCAGCGUACAGCUCCUCCAGCAGCUACCAGCAGAAAGAGUGGAGCAGAAGGAAAUCCCAGCUGAGCACAUGAUCCUCAAAACCACCUUCGACAGCCUGGUGCAGCGCUGCCAGCUCGCAGCAGGAGAUCCGCAAACAAAACGGAAGCUUGAUGAUGCAGGAAAGCGUUUAGGACACCUUUAUGAUAAACUGAGAGAGCAGUCGCUCUCACCCAACAUCCUGAACGGGCUCCACGAAAUCAGUCGCUGUGUGGCGAGCCAGAAUUACCAGCGGGGCCUGGAGGUCCACACCCAGGUGGUCAGCAGCAGCAACUUCAGUGAGAUCUCUGCCUUCAUGCCCAUCCUGAAAGUGGUCAUGACUAUCGCCAACAAGCUGGGGGUCUAACACCCCGAGGACACCACCCACCACUUUUCAGUGUUAUACUGUUGUAUAUGUAUUUAUUUCUUCAUGGCCUGAUAAUGUACAACUACGAGAACAUCAGCUGGUAAAGUGACAGAAUGUGGAUCUGGUCACGCCGAAAAUUCUCCCUCCUGGAGGACAUGGCUGACUGAGACAGUGUGGUGGAUUUUUGUAAAAGUCUGUCGAUUUUGCUGUGAUCAUUUUACAAAAAAAAAAAGGAAAAAACGAUGAAUGUAUUCUGAAAGUUGUGAUUCCGUGUAAAUUCAAAAGUUAAUGUAUUACACAAAGCAAGUGGUUUGAAUCGAUGCUGUGGUUGUCCUAAUAGGUGGUAAGUCAUAAAUCUUGUUACUUCUUAAUGCAGUUCUUUUUCUUUUUUUUUCUCCUUUUACUUGGACAGUUGAACAACAUUUUUUUUUGAUGAAGUACACGCAGCAGCCUUCUGGCUGCAAAACAAUAACUAGUUCCACAAAUUAUGAAAAUAAAAAUUUGGGUUAUGAUCCACUUUGUCAUUGUGUACUCUAUGAAGGAGGAACAGACUGACAAUCUGGUAUUUAUUGUUAGAUUUUUUUACAAAAAUUCAUUCAGAGCAAAUCACAAAAUCUGUAAAUUAAUAUCUUAUUGUUCUCCUGCAUUUGUAGAUUGUGUUCAGUUGAUUCUAACAAUGCGAGUUUGGGCCAAAACAUUGCAGAAAAAUGUCUGAUUGCGAAUGCCAGACUAUUAUUACAAUUAUUUUGUAAACUUUGUGUUAGCCUAGACUUGUAACAGCGUCACUGAUGGCUUUAUUCCUUUCAUUUUUACCCAAAGAGUUGCUUUAGUGUCCUAAUCCCCUCAUCCUCUGCUGAAUUUGCACAGCAGUCUGUAAAACGUUUAGUUUAAUUUCAAAAUAUUUUUCCUGCGCUCUUUGUGUAACUUCUCAGUCUUACUCCCCUUUUCACAAAGGCACUACUAUAUCCUUUAGUAACUGCUGAUUACUUUUUUAUUUUUUCUUGUCUUACAUUAAAUGAAACAAUAAUACAGUAAUAGAGUUUAAAAGAAUAAAACCGUUUUGUAGCUGCAAUAAUAUCCCUGGGUUAUGUGGUGUGUUGUGGCAGCAGAAGGCAGGAAAGUGCCUCAGUGUGCUCAUUUUGGCUGCACAGAUAUUUAUACAUUCAUUGUUGCUUACUUUACUCAUUUCCCUCUGAUUUUCAAAAUAAAGCUUCACUUGAAAUAUUUGAA